AAUGGAAAAUGAUCUGCAAAAAGAAAAUGAGUUGCUUGUAGAAUAAAUUAAGGUGCUCUAAGCUUAAUUGAAUAACAGAGAAACUUUAAAAAAUGAAUGUUCUAGAAUAAAUGAUUAAAGCAGCUUUUUUAGCACAUUCAAAUAAUAAACACCAAGAGGUAAUAUUAGUAGAGACCAAAGCAAAAGAGAUCUAUAAGAUUUGACUGCUUAAGUGAAGAGACUAAAUGAGUACAAUUUCAAUUUAUUUCCAAAGAGAGAAAGAAUAAUUAAGGAAAACCUUAAAACAUCAAAUUGAUGCUUAUGAUCAAAAAAUUCAAUAAAAAGAAAUGGAAUUAAGCCAAAAAGAAAAAAUGUUUAGACAAUUAUAGAAUGACUAUAAAGAAUUAUAAUAAAGCCUAAUAUAAGAAUAAAAUAAGCCCGCUCCUUAACCAGCAGCACCUACACCUGUUCCUACAAAACCUAUUGGUGAUUAAAUACAAUAAUAUAGAGUUUAAAAGGUUGGUCUUAUGAAUCUUCCUUGUUUAGUAUUGAAUAAUAUACUUAUUCAUAGAUUAUAAUUAGAAAGAAUAUAUUCGAAUAAUUCGUGAUUGAGAUAGAAAAUACAAAAGAUAAAAUCUGCAUUAAUGUGUCAGAUAUCACAGAUUUGGUACCGGACAGAGUUAAGGAGGAGCAUUUUUAGUUAACAUACAAAUUAUAAAAUUAAAAAAUUACAGAAGUUUAUUAAUCAGCAGAAUAUAAAUAAAUAUUAAGAGCAAUUAAGUAAUAUGAUUAUAUAUAAUUAUUAUAGAUAUCUUCAUUCUUAAUAAUAAUAAACUAGAAAAUAAGAAACCUAACCAGCUUAAUUAUAAUAAGAAUAACAAAGUGGUUUAAUCAAAAGUUUGAGUUCAUUUUUUAUGAAAAAAUGA